AUGGUGCUCGAGGCUACGAUGAUCUUGGUGGACAACAGCGAAACGAGCAGGAAUGGCGACUAUUUACCGAACCGAUUCUCAGCACAAUCUGAAGCUGUAUCACUCAUCUUCAACGCAAAGACAUCCUCAAAUCCCGAAUCUGCGGUCGGCUUAAUGUCCAUGGCAGGAACAGGUCCUACCGUCCUCAAUACCCCCACCACAAAUUUCGGCGCCAUCCUAGCAGGUCUACAUGAAACCAAAAUCAAAGGCCAAGUGAGAUUAGGAACGGCCAUCAGUGUGGCCAUGCUUGCCCUCAAACACAGAGCGAACAAGAGUCAACGACAACGAAUCGUGGUCUUGAUAUGCAGUGAAUUGGAUCAGAAGUUUGGGGAUAAGAACGAUACCGAGAAAGAAUUGGUCAAAUUGGCCAAAAAGUGCAAGAAAAACAAUGUGUCGGUCGACUUUGUUGCCUUUGGUGAUGCCAUCGAAUCGACCACCAAGUCGAUAUUGGAGAAAUUUGUCGAAGCGGUGGGUGGAUCAUCUGGAGAAGGAAACUAUCUUGCAGUCAUCCCUCCCGGACCGGGCUUGCUCAGUGACAGUCUCAUUACCACCCCGAUUGUCAACAUGGGUGGAGAUGUGGGACAAGGAGGAAGCGGUAUGGAGGGGGUUGAAAGUGGUGCUGGUGGCUCAGGAACGGGGUUUGAAUUUGGAAUUGAUCCAACGUCGGACCCAGAACUUGUCAUGGCUUUGCGAAUGAGUAUGGAAGAGGAACAGAACCGACUGGAGAGAGAGCGCAGACGGCGGGAGGAGGAAGAAAGACAAAAUGCUGAAAGAAUGGAGACCAUCACUGAAGAAGGCCAGGGACAACAGCCGACCAACGGAGAAGGCCAAGACAGCAAUGCUUCACAGCAGCCACGGGUGGAGGAUGACAAGCAGGAAUGA